GAGAGAGAGAGAGGGAGAGAGAGAGAGAGAGAGAGAGAGAAAGAGAGAGGAAGUGAUGGUGUGACAAUCAGAGGGGUACCUGUCUGUCUCCUGUCUUUCCUUCAGUCAGGGGAGAACCUGAAGAUUAUUCUCAGUCUGUGGAUACUAAAGAAAAGUCAUGAUGUCUGAUUCCAGGGUGUCCUCCGUCAUCCAGGAGUGGGUGAGCUCAUACCCGCCUCAGGCCCUGAACCCUGUCCCGUCCAACCAGGCGGCGCCGAGCAACCACAUGUCCCAGAUGGACAUGAUCUCGUACAGCCAGUCUCAGGGGAUGAUCAGGGGGGGCGGCGACGACAGAGUGGCCGAGCAGAUGAUGGGGCUGUCGUACUUGCCGUACACGUCGUCCUGCCACAGCAACGCCUCCAGCGUCGCGAGCACCCACCACCACCAGAGCCAUGGCAACACUCAGCAGGACUUCUCCUCCUUCCUGCUGCCCACUCUGAGGGCCCCGGUGACCAAGAGAAGCAUCAGCAAGGACAGUGUGGAGUACCGCAUGAGGCGCGAGAGGAACAACAUCGCGGUGAGGAAGAGCAGGGACAAGGCCCGCAGGAGGAUCCUGCUGACCCAGCAGAGGGCCAUGCAGCUGCAGGAGGAGAACCAGAAGCUGCAGCUCAGGAUAGGACAGCUGACACAGGAGCUGGACACUCUGAAACACAUCCUGUCACAGCGACACCUGCAGGGAAGCGAAGAGGGAGCAGCGAGGGAGUCCAGCAUCUGAACACGGCCCAGAACCAAACUGCUGUACUUUGUCUCAUUAGAUUUGAUUUGAUUGCAGCAUACAGUGUGUGUGUGUGGUUAAUUGUGUGUUGCCAUGUUUAGAAUUGUGAGGAGACAAAAUAACACGCUGGCAUUGUCAUAGCCACUAUUCAGGACACUGAGGUCAUGUCCUCCACAUCUUCUCUAGGAGCUUAAGAGUUAGCACUGGGGAGUUACACCUGAUUAUACUGCACGAGCCCUUCUUUCACAUACUUUUACAGUGACUGUCCAGCUUUAGGUUUUAAUUGGCAAUGAUGUAAUUAACGAUUUCCUGAACGUUUUUGACUCUGCUUCAUACAAAAUUUCAUACAAUUGAUCUUCAGAGCUGGUAGCUAACCAGCUUAGUUUAAGCUAAUGCAACAGUUAGCCUAGCUAGCCUAAUUAACCUAGUUAAAUUUAAUGUCUUGGUGACUUUUAAAAGUUUUCAGCUUUUAUUAUAAGUGGAUGUUCUAGUCCUGAACAAGUGUUUUUUUUUUUUUUUUUUUUUUUUUGGUUAAGCUUGUUAUUCAUAGUAAAAUAUAAUUUCUUGCACUUUUUCUCUUGUGUUCAGUUUUGUGAAAUCUACAGAAAAGACCAUUUUUGAAAAUCAAAUACAAACCCUUCUUUUAGAUUCAGUUUCAGAUUCAGGUUUAUUUGUCAUUUGGAGUUUCCCUCCAGGUUAACGACUGGUCAGCUCAGUCCUAAGUAGCACAAAAGAGGCCAUUGAAGGUGUGUUUUUGGAACUUUACUCACAAAGGUCACAUUUGUGGCGUCGUAUUUUUUAGCAGAAACAUCUCCACAGAUGCUCGGCUAUGAAUCCUGUAAACGCAUUCACUGUCAUUUCUUCAGCGGGCCAUUUUGAUACCUCAUAGGGAUUUAACUUCAUUUAAAUGCAUAUUUCUGGGCUCGCCACUUCAAAUGUGUCAAGUACUCCCAUUUAACCAAUUGGAUGCUGAGGCAUUUUAAGUCUGAGAAUUAACAUUAACAUCUCCACAGUUGGCUCAUAUAAGAAAGUGCAAAAAUAAAUGAAAAUGUGCAUCCUGGGUGAAAUGACGGCAGGGUUCUCUGAAAUAGUGGCCAUACCGCUGCAGACUGGAGCAGCUUAAAAGGCUGUCACAAUAGAAAAGUGACUGGUAAGUCUGAAUGUAUUUGUUCUAACUGUAAGUCCUUAAAUGUGUGUGUAAACUUAAAAUGAGUAAAAAGUGUAUGCAGAAAUUAAAAAAUACAACUAUUAUGUGAGGGACAGUUGAAAAAUCUCAGCUGCUGAGUUCUGAGAAGAACUUCAGAUAGAGGUCCGCUGUGGCCUCGGCUGAUUUGCCUAAAGAUUUGGUUUAAUAAACACUGUCUUAUCAUCUA